AUGGAUCAUGGAUGCAGACAAGACGGGUGCUUCCGAAACGUGUUCCGAUCUUUCGUGUGUGUUGCACUGUCAUUGUUGCUGGGCCUACAUGUCUACGCAUAUUUCUGGGGUCCCACACAAGAAACUCUGGACGGAGACUUCACUGACAUCAAAUAUGUUGUCAUGCAGCUCACCAGAGGACUAUCUGAGGUAAACCGCAAGCAUGAGAGGCUGCAGGGUGAGAUGGACCGCAUCUCUUCGGUGCUACCCGCUGUGGCUGCGGCGGCUGGCCGGGCCAAGGACGCACUGGUCGAUCCUGUGCUGCGACUACGGAAUAGGCAGAUAGGAGACGCUCCAGAUUUCGAUAGACAGUUAGCGGAUUACGCGCUGGAGUCAGCAGGGGCACGAGUGUUGGACACGGGAGACACUGUGGAACACGUGAUUUAUGAGUCUCCAGUCGGCUGGGCACUGCACGUACUGACUUCUUGGAUGUGCCGUGAAUGUCUAGGCGCCAGGGCUAUAAUCAGGCCAGGUGUACUGCCAGGAGAAUGCUGGGCGUUUAAGGGCUCCAGGGGAGAGGCCACGAUACGUCUGCUUGGCACCGUGCGGAUAACCGGCAUCAGCAUUGAACAUAUACCACCACAUAUUGCACCGACGAGAGAAAUAUCAUCAGCUCCACGUCUCUUUCAAGUCGAAGGUCUGGAGAAGCGUUAUGACCCGUACCCUCACGACUACGGCAGUUUUGAGUAUGACAAAGAUGGAAAGCCAGUCCAGUACUUUGAGGUGAUGUUCCCGUCCCCUAAGGGUCACAAUCUCGUGAAGAUAAGAGUCCUGACAAACUGGGGCAACACUGUGUACACCUGCGUGUAUCGUGUCAGGGUUCAUGGAGAACUUGUAAAUAGUGCACGGAACACCGUCGGUGAUGAUGGGGACAUGCGGAUAGAAAAUGAGUAG